UUUUUCCGACGACUAUUAACAUAAGAAUACCUGAAUCACUUCUCUAAUUUUGUUGUUUCACAUACAAAUCCAUUCUUAGCAUUGAAAAAGCCAAAAAAAAAACACAACCAUAUUCGUCUCUCUCGUUAACAUGGCACACGCCAUCUCCAACGAGCAAACCGAAAUGUCAACCACCACCACACCCCUCCUCCACCGCCACCUCCUCUCCGGCGUCAAACUCAGAACCUCCAUCUGGGCCGAACUCUCCGGCGCGGUGGGGGACUUAGGCACCUACAUCCCCAUCGUCCUCGCCCUCUCUCUAGUCAACAACCUUGACCUCACCACCACACUCUUCUUCACCGCACUCUACAACAUCUCCACUGGCCUCCUCUUCGGCCUCCCCAUGCCAGUCCAGCCCAUGAAGUCCAUCGCCGCCGUCGCCAUCUCCGAAACACCCCCACUCACCAUCCCCCAGAUCUCCGCCGCCGGCCUCUCCGUCGCCGCCGUACUUCUCAUCCUCGGCUCCACCGGUCUCAUGUCCGUCCUCUACCGCUACCUCCCUCUGCCAGUCGUCCGCGGCGUUCAGCUCUCCCAGGGGCUCAACUUCGCCAUGUCCGCCGUCAAGUACAUCCGCUUCCAGCAAGACCUCGCCACCUCCAAAUCGGGUCCUCCGCGAACGUGGCUCGGCCUCGACGGCAUCAUCGUCGCCCUCGCCGCAAUUCUCUUCCUCGUCCUCACCACCGGCGCCGGCGACCCACCUCCCGAAAAUCCUCCCCCGUCAUCAGACGAACCUUCCGAUCGCCGUCGCAACACCGUUCACCGGAGGCUGAGACUCCUCUCAAUGAUUCCCGCAGCGUUGAUAGUCUUUCUAUUCGGUGUAAUCCUCUGCUUCAUUCGCGACCCUUCUAUCUUCCAAGAUCUGAAAUACGGGCCGUCGAGAAUCAGGGUGGUUCCGAUCACCUGGGAAGAUUUGAAAAUCGGGUUUGUUCGUGCGGCGAUUCCGCAGAUUCCAUUAUCGAUUCUGAAUUCGGUUAUUGCAGUUUGCAAGCUAUCUGGGGAUUUGUUUCCUGACAGAGAAGCUUCAGCCAUGAAGGUUUCAGUGAGUGUUGGGCUAGUGAACUUCGUAGGUUGUUGGUUCGGAGCCAUGCCUUGUUGUCAUGGAGCUGGUGGUUUGGCUGGACAGUACAGGUUUGGAGGUAGGAGUGGAGCUUCUGUGGUGUAUCUUGGGAUUGCCAAAUUGUUGCUUGCUUUGGCUUUUGGGAAUUCUUUUGGGAGAAUCUUGGGUCAGUUUCCUGUUGGGGUUCUUGGGGUGCUUUUGUUGUUUGCUGGGAUUGAAUUGGCAAUGGCUGCUAAGGACAUGAACACUAAACAAGAGGCUUUUGUGAUGCUUGUUUGUGCUGCUGUUUCUCUUACUGGGUCUGGUGCUGCUCUUGGGUUCAUUGUUGGGAUUGUUCUAUACUUGUUGCUCAAGUUGAGGGAGGUUGAAUGUGGUGGUGGGUUUGGGUUUUCCAAGAAGAGCAAAUCUUCUGUGGAUGAGGAUACUCCCUUAAUGGCCUAGACAAGUUGGUUCCUAAUUUGUAGAGAUGAUGGGUUUGGUUUGGUUAGAUUUGAGUUUACAAUUGAAGUAGCUAUAUGUAUAUGUAAUGUAAAGUUUUUGUUGGUAGUGUGUGAGAGAAUGGCUAUUGGUAUGGCAAGUAAAUGAUCAGCAGUGCUGUGAUCAUUGGGAGGUUCUCUCACUUGUAUAAAGUGCAUCUUCUUUGCACCUUCCUCCUAUUCUAAGUAACCCUUUUGUAUUUGUGUUGGUGCAAAGGGUGUACAACAUAUGUGUAUUUAUAGAUAAACUCAUCCACUUGAGUAAGAGACUUUUGCCGAAUUAUGUUUA